CAUCGAGUCGGCACGACGGUGAUUCACAGUUUAUUUCACUGCCAUGUUACGAGCAUCGAGUCGACGGUGAUUCACAGUUUAUUUCACAGUUUAUUUUACCGCCGUGCUACGAGCAUCGAGUCGACG